UGAUCGUGUCGGUGUGUGGGUGACCCGAAUUAUAUGAUACAUUUUCAUUUAAUUACCGAAACUGAAAUGAAGAGGCGCUAGCUUGAAGGCAAGUGAGUGAGAGGGUCGGACUACCUGGAAAUUGUAUAAAACCUUUGUCUAUCACUUGAACCCGCCGGUUGAAUUGGCAAGGGUUACCCUUGAAAUUAGCAUAGCAUUAGCAUAUUUUACUCGCGCAUGGUGUGAGCGUCCUAUUACAACCGUGUGGGUAAAAUGGGCUGCCACUGCAGUUUUUAUUCAUGAAUUUUUCGAUAAAAAAUGUUAUUGUACUUUUAAAAAAGUUUUAACCGGCUAAUAUAUUAAUAUCCCAAUUUGAGCAAGCCAACACGGUUUAUUGAAAGUUAGCGCUACAAAGUUACUUAGCCUUACCGCAGAAUGUCCUUGAUGUUGGUUGGUUUGGCCACGAUGUGCGGCCAUAAUAAAAUACCUAUCUUAAUUCUCUGUCAGAAAACGAAAUAUCUCAGUUGUCUUGAUGUGUUAAAGUUGAUCAACCGGGAAUCGAACUCGCGUUACCUGGUGGUAGGUCGUUAUUCUUCUCUAAGCCCUCUAGUGGCGGUUGUAAACCAGUUUAUGUUGCAUUACUGCCACCAACUGGACUGGAGUAAAGAGCAAUUUGGAUUUAAAAGAGAAAAAAGGAAUUAAAAUAAAAACUCAUUUUUCAACUACACCAUUCAGUUUAAAAUGUUUGAUAUGAAACCUUCACGUUUUUCUUUAUUUUCCCUCCUUACCCCAUUGAACCAGAUACUGAGAUGUUGCUUGGUUUUGAGCUCUUUAGAGACUGGGAAGGGCAUUUCUCAUUUUGGUAUAUUUUGUCGUAAUAAAGAGGUACGUGUUCCAUUUUUUCAAGGUGAAUGCAGCGUUUCUGGUUGGUCACUUACUUAUUUUCGGACUUGGAAUCAAUUAACUGUUUGAUCAGUACGCUUGUAGAAGUUCAUAAAGACAGCUUCCUGUUGAGUUAGCAGAGCCCGGAUAGCUCAGUCGGUAGAGCAUCAGACUUUUAAUCUGAGGGUCCAGGGUUCAAGUCCCUGUUCGGGCGAUAGUACUUUUCUCCCUUUACCGUACACGCCUGUCAAACAUCUAAUAUUAGGGUGUGAAUUUAACGUGUGGUAUAUCUCAUCUGUUAUUAGCAACGCAACAGGGCUCGUCAACUGAUGUUAAUCUGUGCUUCAGAAUAAGGAAAACAGCUCUCCUGGCAUAUACACAACACAUUUAAAGCCUAAAAUUGUCUCAAACCUGUGCCAAACAUUAAACCAUUGAGUUUAAAGCCAGUCAUUGCAGAGGAACUGUUAUUACUCUGAGUGAGACCUCACAUUAUCUUAGUGUUGGAGUUGUUGUUUAUGAAAGAAUCAAACUAAUUUAGAGAUUAAACUCACUCGCAAACAAAUAACAGUAACCCUGUAAUUUACCUGAGAAAAUCAUGGGUAUUAUCUCAACAUGGUGAUUGGGAACGCCUAUAAAGCUAGGAGUUAGUGCUGAUAAAAUGGCAAUACUGAAGACGUACUCUAUCUGACUGGCAAAGAUGAAGCAGAUUAUCUUCUUGUGCUUGGUGUCCACCUAUCUCUGCACUGUAUCUACCCAGGUAAAUAUAUUUUGUUCUGGAUGUGAAUAUUUAUUUUAAUAUGUUUAUUAGCAGACUGCAACAGAUUUGUCCGUCUUUUUCUGCAGAAAUUUUUCUUCAGCCCAAAAUGGGGCCCCAUUGGCUUUAAAGGUAAAUAUAACUUGAUCUAAUAAUAACCAUUAAUGGAAAUCUAACAGCAGAAAAAGUGCGUAUUUACUCUACGUAUUUCCUUUUCAAGAUCGUGCUGAACAUGGUGAGAGAACGGCAAUGGAUGAAAUCAUUAAAGUUAAUGAGCUGCACGGUAGGUUGCACACCGUUUAUUUAUGCCUUAUUCAUGCACUAACAAAUGACCCCCCCUGUUGGUCUGUAAUGCAUAAUUUUAAUUCACUGGACUUCUGUUUCAGCUUCCAGAAUUAUCGACGGCACAACUACUCUCAGAGAGGGGGACAUUGCUGUUUCUUCUGGGAGGCGCUCCAAAGUCUGCUUCGCUCGUAGCUGCCUCUGGAAUAAGUCCAUUGAUGGACACGUCUAUGUUGCAUACAGGCUGUCCCCCGAAUACAGUAUGUUUUUUUCUGAGUAUGGAUGUUAUGGUACAGUCAGUUACACUUGCAGACUCUGGGGUUGCCCGAUGGAUUUGAAAUUGUCUGUUUCUCUGAUUUGACUAAACAACAGCUGAAAUGGAGGCCAAGGUGUUAAAGAAAGGGAUGGAAAAUAUAGAGAAAGGCACCUGCGUGCGCUUUGUUCCCCGAACUCACCAGCAAGACUAUAUCGACAUCCAACCAAAGGCUGGGUGAGACCCUCCGAUAUCAAAAUUUUAAAUCCCCUAAAGUUCCAGUCUUUCAAAGAUGUUAUUCACAAAAGAAAAGGUUGUCAUUUGUAGAAAUUACAUGAAAUGUAGGUUUUAAACAUCUUAACCUUACAUUUUUUUAUUGCAGGUGUUGGUCUUACCUUGGUGCACGUGGGGGAAGACAGACCGUGUCGCUCCAGAGCCCAGACUGCCUGCAGGUCGGAGUCAUCUCCCAUGAGUUCAUGCAUGCUCUGGGCUUUGUGCAUGAGCAGUCCCGUUUCGACCGGGACAACUAUGUCACCGUCAUGUGGCCAAACAUCUGGAGGGGUAAUUUCAAAGGGGAGGUGGCGUGAGGGAAUAAGAUAUCAACAAGGUGUUAUCUAAAUAAUGUGCUAUGUUUGCUCUACCAAUUUCCUAGUUUAUACAGCAAAUGAGUAAAGCACAGAAGACCCCUGACACAAAUCCAAAGUUAAUCGUCAGAAAUACUCAAUUAAAACUGAAAAAAAUUCUUCCACAGACCGUUUGAGGAACUUUGAGAAAUUCAAGACUGACGAUCUGGAACUUCCAUACGACUAUAGCUCCAUUAUGCAUUAUGGGAUGUAAGUUAACUUUAAUCUUGAUCAGUUUAUUAAGAUAAGUAUUAUAAUGUGCUCCGUGCUUUAAUUUUGAUAUGUUUAUGUUUAGGUAUGCCUACUCUCAGGACGGGGAACCAACUAUCCUUCCUAAGAACAGCAACACCAAAGACAUCAAGCUGGGACAAACUACAAGUCUCAGCCACAUUGACAAGCUGAAAAUCAACAAGCUUUAUAACUGCGGUUGGUACUAAACAUCCUGAAUUAGGUUCUAGUGAUUAAAUAGGUCCUGUAACUCUACAGCAUGUGGACUAAUUAAAAGGAGAUGCGUCAUUCAUUAAUAUUUGUUCGAUAUUUGUCUGCUUCUCUCUGUAGGUGACCUGGAUGAUAACUAACCACAGUGAACUGAAGUCUAACAGGAAUAUUCUGAAAGUUUCUAUUUAAAUUGAUGUUCAAUCAUAC